CUGAAGCUUGGAGACCAUCUAGCUAUGAAAAAUUAAUUCUAUUGGAAGUGAUUGACAGCUAUUUUCAUUUCUUGGUCUAGCACCACCCACCUCCUCCUUCUUCUUAUAUACAGAUUUAUUGAGAUGUGGGCCAAGUUUAGAAAGAUCAGAAAAGAUGGGAAAGAACUGGUAGAUGCUUGUGAAAGCUUGAAUGUCGAUGAAGAGUAUGUUAGUGCAUUAAGAACACAAUCCUAUACUGAUUUCUUUGCUAAAGCUCAAUCACUUGUAAACAAGUCAUCAUUUCCAUCUUUCUGUCAUCAGAAAUUCUCUGAAGUUCUUCUUGAACCAGGUCAAGAAGCUAUACCUGCAAUUCUUGAAUCAGCUAUUUUCUCUAAAAUACCUGAACUCAAAGGCCUUAUGCUUAAUUACUUUGAUUUAAGUGCUGAGGCUUCAAGAACUUGCAGUCACCUCCUCAAAAACAUAAACCAAAUCCAAUCAAACUACCAAUAUAUUCAACAAGUACUUGAUAGCACAAUCAACGAUCACUCCCCCGAUAAGGUCAAGCUAAUCGCUUCAGAGCUGAACUCAUUCAUCAACCAAAAGAAUCCAUUUUCUACUCCUAACAAGAAUGACUUCAAGCUGAUUCAUGACAGGUAUUCAUCAGUAUUAAACCAUUUAAAAUCCAAGAGGAAGAAAUUGGCUAGGGAAAUGAAGCUAAUUUCUUGUAUCCAUAAGGCAAGUGGGGUUUGUAUAACAGCAGCUUGUAGCUUAAUUGCAAUUACAGCUGUUGUUUUAGCAGCACACACACUUACUGCUAUAGUAAUGGGGCCAGCCGUCUUCAGCUUCCCAAUAAAGGGCUUGAAGAAAAAAAUCCUGAGAUUCAGAUUCCUGAGAAGUGGAACAUUUCUCAGGAAAGUUGCUCAACAACUUGAUAUGGCAGCUAAGGGAACUUAUAUACUGAACAGGGAUUUUGACACAAUGAGUAGACUUGUUGCCAGGCUUCAUGAUGAGGUUGAAGACAACAAGGCAAUGAUUCAGUUCUGUUUGGAGAGUCGGGAAGAUAAAUUUUCCCUGCAAGUAGUGAAGGAGCUGCACAAGAGUGAUAUUGGGAUCAGGGAGCAAGUAGAGGAGCUUGAAGAACAUGUUUACCUUUGCCUUCUAACCAUUAAUAGAGCAAGAGGUCUAGUGAUUAAAGAAAUGACUACUUCUGCAGGCAUUGAAAGUUUGAGAAAGCAUCUGUGA